UGGAGGCCUGAGAGAAGGGAUGUCCAUCUCCAUCCUGGGCUCCAUUCCUAAGGACAUCUCCAGGUUCCACAUCAACCUGCGGUGCAGCGAGUCCGAGUCGGGCGACAUCGCCCUGCACUUCAACCCCCGCUUUGACGGCUGGGACAAAGUGGUCUUCAACGCCUUCAAGGACGGGUCCUGGGAGUCGGAGGAGAAGAUCCGCAGGAUGCCCUUCACCGAGGGCCACGCCUUCGAGACACUCAUCGGGAUCGGCGCAGAGGGUUACGAGGUUAAAGUCAACGGGAAAGAGUUUCACACUUUCAAACACCGUCUACCUGUGCAGCAGGUCCGUGCUAUACAGGUAGAAGGAGAUGUUUCCAUCCAGAGCAUCAUCGUCAUCGGG